UGCUUUAUGUGCAGUGUAAACUGUCUAGGGUCUGGAGAAGGUUGGUGGAAGCUGUCGUAUGACUGAUAUUCAAAGUGUACUCAACAGUACAUAUAUCAAGCCGGUUGCCAAACAAACCCUGGAAAUAUUGUACAAAGCUGCUGGGUCCAAUCAGAGUUCAGACAAAACUGUUAAAACCAAUAAGAGCUCCAGUAAAGAUUUAGGAUUAGAGCAGACUCUACAAAAUCUUCCGCUGGUGGUUCAUGGAAUAAAUUUAUAUGCUAGGGUUCUAGCAGGGAUAGAUACUUCUCAUUCGUCAUCUGGUUCAGGGCUGAGGACAGCAGAAAAAUCUACAGCUGCUCAGGACUCAAGUAUGGUUGGGUAUACUCUGGAAUUAAACCCUGAGGUUGGAUCUCUUGACCUCCUUCACCUGGAUAUUACUAACGAGGCUGUCCUCCGUGAACGAUUGUUAAGGAAGGUUCCCAUUGAGAUCAAACAUCCUCCACCACCUAGUAGAGUUGAACCAGAUAAAGGAUCUAAGGUUGAAGUAAAGCUCCUGGAUUCCUCUAGAGAGAGAAGAGUUCCAGCAACCAGACUAUCUAGAGUUUUCUCCUUCGGAUCCCUAGGAGUAGGUUUAGGUUUGGGAGUGAUGGCUGAAGCAUCAAGAAGAGCAGUUGGGAUUAGACCUUCAGGUUCCUCUGGAGCAAAGCUUGAAGAUAGCAUGGUCCUAACAGAAGCAAAUGCUGAACGGAUUGUUUCUACACUUUGCAAAGUACGAGGUGCUGCUUUAAAACUUGGACAAAUCUUGAGUAUUCAAGAUAACGCCAUCUUGUCUCCUGCUCUGGCGGCCAUCUUUGAUCGUGUUCGGGAGUCAGCUGAUUUUAUGCCACUUUGGCAGUUAGAGAAGGUUAUGGUUGGUCAGCUGGGAACAGAUUGGGAAUCUAAAUAUUCGGAGUUUCAAACUAAACCCUUCGCUGCAGCUAGUAUUGGACAGGUUCACUUUGCAUCUCUUCAUGAUGGAACCAAGGUUGCUGUGAAAGUCCAGUAUCCAGGGGUAGCUAAAUCUAUUGACAGUGAUAUCAGUAAUCUUAUGAGUUUACUCUCUAUAGUGGCAAUCCUACCGCAGGGACUCUUUAUAGAUAAUAUUGCAAAGCACAUGAAACAAGAACUUGCGGAGGAAUGUGAUUAUAAAAGAGAAGCAGAAUGUGGAAGAAGGAUGAAGGAAAACUUAUCUGUUUACCCAGAGUAUUAUGUCCCAAAGGUGUACCUGGAUCUAUCUACCGAUCAAGUUCUAACAACUGAAUAUAUUACCGGUUUAACAAUCGACCGUUGUGUUGAUUUACCGGCCGAAACAAGAAACUACAUUGCUGAAGCUAUUCUUAAACUUGUCUUCAGGGAGCUCUUCUUGCAUAGAUAUAUGCAAACAGACCCAAACUGGGCAAACUUCCUCUUUAACCCUGAAACGAACAAGAUCGGACUUCUUGACUUCGGCGCAACCCGGGAGUUUGGUGUCGACUUCGUCAAUACUUAUUUUAAAAUCAUCGACGCGGCAGCAAGGAAAGACCAGGAAAGUGUGUUGAAAUGGUCCAGAGAGAUUGGAUUUUUGACAGGGUCGGAGUCAAAAGCGAUGAACGAAGCCCACGUGAACUCUGUGAUGCUUCUUGCUGUUCCGUUCCACAACGACGCCAUUUUUGAUUUUGGCAAGCAAACAAUUACUCAAGAAAUACAGGAGUUGUCUGGUGUUAUGUUGAAGGAACGAUUAUGCCCUCCCCCUCCAGAAGUUUACAGUCUUCACAGGAAGUUAUCCGGUCUGUUCUUGUUAGCUGGGAAGUUGGACGCUAAGUUUAACUGCUAUAAUAUUUGGAACGACAUCAGGAGUCGGUUCAAACCUUUUGAAAAAACAAUGACAAGCUGAUACCGGACUACCUACCCACCCUCCUCCACAUGACAUUUCAUUUAAUUAGAUUUUAAAUUCUAGUCAAAAUUAUUCUAUUAUGAAUUCUCAAUUGCAUUUUCAUAUUUUCAGA